AUGCGUCCAGAGGGUGAGGGCCAGUUCAGUGGCAGGUGGGUGGGGCCGUCCCGUGCUUCCUCCUGGCCCUGCCCUUGUUCCAUCCGAUCUGUGGUUUCAGAACCUCAAGAUGUGCUGACGAGCCGGGCAGCCUCCUGCUUGAAGACAGGUGCAGGGUCAGCUGAGCCCCACCUUCCUGUGGGCACCAGAUACACCUAUCGAUUUUCCACCAACACCAGUACUGGCCUGCAGGGGGCCCCGGCGGAGGGGAGUGGCCUUGGCCUCCAAGGAUUGGUCAUCCUAGACGUGCUUGGCCCGUGCCAGAUGGCCUUAUGGCUCCAAGGCUUCCAGGUGACCUCCAUCUUGGGGUCCAAGGUGACAGUUCUGAAGGAUUCCGAGAGUUUGAGCGCUGCCCUGGGCCGCUAUCCUCUGCGCUUCGUCCUGCACGCGGGCCGCGUGGCCCGCCUGUGUCCUCGGAGCGCAGAGCCGCGCUGGGUGCUGAACGUGAAGCGCGCGGUGCUGAGCCUCCUGCAGGGGCGCCCGGGCGCCUCCGGCCCCCAGACCCUCGAGGAGGUGGACGUCCUGGGCAGGUGUCCUACCACUUACCAGCCACACGGUGCCUGGCUGCUCAAGACCAAGGACCUAGGCCGCUGCUCCCUGCGCAGAGCGCGCUCCUCGCUGCGCUCCCAGGCCCUGCCGGGGGAGGAGCCUGGCCUGGCGUCCCGCCUGACCUGCCACCAGAGUUUCCAGGCUGGCAUACUGAGGGAGGCCUCCUGCACGGAGCUGGACACCGUGGGGCCCCUCUCUGAGAAGGCAAGUGCCGUGCACAUGCGGACCCUUUCCUCGCUCACCCUGCUGCGUGAGAUGUCCUUGGAUCCGGCUGUCACAGAUCCAGACGACGGGGAAGUCACUCCAAGCAGCCUGUUGUACGAGUGGGAGGAAACGCGGUCUCAGGCUUCGGUGGUCACAGUGGCCGUGUCCGUAAGGAAGCUGUGCCAGGCUCAGACCACCAGCUUCGAGGCCGCGGAACUGUUCCUGACGCUGGUAUUAGAGCUCCAGGGACUCUCCCCAGAUGAGCUGCUGGAACUCUGGAGACAAUCUUCUUUUAAAUGCCGGGACAACUGGCAGCCGCUGGUGGACGCCCUGCCCUCCUGUGGCACCGAGCCCUGUGUGGGCCUCAUGAAGGACCUCAUCGUGUCCGGAGAGGUAGAGGUGGAUGAGACAGAGGCGUGGCUCUGGUCGCUGGCCUUCAUCCCACAGCCCACAGAUGCCAUGGUCCAUACGCUGCUGCCGCUCCUGCAGACCCCGGGGGCCAGCCCCAGCGCCUUUCUGGGCAUCUCGGCCCUGGCGCACAACCUCUGUGCCUCUCUGGACGGGCCCUGCGGACGCCUGCCUGGUGUCGGCUCCCUCGUGAGGAUCCUGGGAGAGGCCUUGGAUGCCAACUGCACCCUCCAGGAGCCCUCGGACGCUGACCAGCUCCAGCUCGUGCUGAAGGCGAUUGGCAACGCGGGCCUGGCGGCCGCCGCUCUCACCCCUGCUCUGAGCACUUGUGCGUCCGAGAGGAGCUGCCCCCCUGAGGUCCGGCUGGGGGCCAUCCAGGCCUUCCGGAGAGUUCCCUGCUCUGCGGACCGAUCUGUGCUCUCCCGCCUGUACCAAAGCCCCGAGGAGGACGCUGAGAUCCGCAUCAAUGCCUACCUGGCCCUGAUGAGGUGUCCCGGCGAGGAGGUGUUCGCCCAGGUGCGGCGCACCCAGGCUGGCGAGCGGUCUACCCAGGUGGGUUCCUUUGUGUGGAGUCACCUGCUGCAGCUGCUGGAGACCGACGACCCUCUGAAGCGCACUCUCCGGGAGACCCUCCCUGAGGACAUCCUCAGCCAGGAGUUCCAUCCGGAGGCCUGGAAACACUCAUCCUAUUCUGACGUCACCUUUCGCUCAGUGUCUGGCAGCCUGGGAGCCAACCUGGAGCGGACGCUUCUCUUUUCUCCAGCCUCCUUCCUCCCCCGUUCCGCCAUGACUAACCUGACCAUCCACGCCCUAGGUCAUGCCUUCAACUUCCUGGAGCUUGGCCUCCGGCUGGAAAAUGCAGAGAAAAUGGUCCACAGGCUGUUCGGCGGGAAGUCGUUCUGGGGGCAGGAAGAGGAGGGAGAGGCCCAAGCAGAGAAGUCCCCAGAGCCAGAAGCAGGGUCCACCCCACAUGCCAGCAGCCCUGACUGUCCGGGAGAAAGGUACAGAAAGGUGACCCGGAGGCGCACGGAGAGGCGGGUGCUGCGCUGUGAGCUGAGCGUGAAGGUGUUUGGGCACGAGCUGAGCGUCAUGAACUGCGGGGUGAUGGGGAGCCGCGUGAGUCGCCAGUCCUUGAGCCUGGCCGAGCUGGCAGUCAAGCUCCUGAAGGGGCAGGAGGUACAGGUGAACCGGAGGCUGAACCUGGCCUUGGAGGAGCUCACCUUCCCCACCAUGUCUGGCCUUCCAGCCCGGCUGACCCUAAAUGCCUCGGCUGCCAUCAGCGUCCGAGUGCGAGGCACUGCCAGCUUCCAGCAGCCCCUGGAUUUCUCUGUGAAUGGUUACGUCAAGCCCAGUGCCCUGCUCCGGAUCUCAGCGCAGAUGGGCACGGUGGGUGCCCUGGGGCAGGCCGGGCUGAGGUGGGUGACCGGCAUCCGGGGCACCGCCAGCCUGGAUGGCGGGAUCCAGGCGAGGAAGAGUCGAGACCUCAAGGUGCAUCUGAACACGCCCGAGGAGCCUGUGGAGCUGCUCAGCCUCAGCUCUAAGCUGUACCUCGUCACCGGGGAUGGCGUGAGGAGCCUCAGUAAUGCCCGCAGCCCUUCUGAGGCCCAGUCCUGUACUGACAAAGAAGGGUCCCGCACCUGGGGCUGGCAGCUGUGCACAGAAGUCACCUGGCCACCAGCUGGUCAGCCCUCCCUGCUCUCGCUGCCUGUGUUGGCGGCUGUGACACUGAAGAAGCAGGACCAGGGCCUUCAGCAGUACCUCCUGGAAGCUGCCUAUACCUUCCACCCCCAGAAGGAUGGCUGGCUCCCUCGGGAAGCUUCGGCUCAUGUCUUCAUGGGCACGCCCAAGUCACACGUGCCCAGGGACGUCGGGGUGGACGUCAGCUACAGCUUGCCCCAGGGGAGGUUCCGGCUCAAGCUUCUGCAUCUCAGGAAGAAAUUGGAGCUAGACGGAAAGAUCGAGACUCUCCAGAGCGGCCGCGUGGGUCACCUGGAGCUGAUAAUGGACGACCGAGACGUCUACUACAUCAAGGGCCGGAGUGACCUGUGGCCAGCAGCUGGCGGUGAGCCCCAGCGGUUUGAGGUCCAGCUGGAGGCAAAGCUGGUGACGGCGGGCCGCCCUGUGGUCCUCACCGGGCACUUCAGCCGGCAGGCAGGCAGCCGGUUGGCCUUCUCCGUGUUGCUGAGCAACGUGCUGAGUGACCAGGCGCACCUGUCAGUGCUGUUGGAGAAGAAGGCGGAGGAUGGGCUGCAGGUCGUGGUCCUGGGCGGCGAGCUCUCUGUGCCGGGUUUCGUGGGGCUGCGCGUCCUGGGUCUGGUGCAGCAGCGGGGCCGCCUCUGGACCAGCUCCCUGAGGAUCAAGUACGGCCUCCUGGGUCAGGCGAGGCAGCUGGCGCAAGAAUGCGGCACCAGCCAGAAGCUGCGGACGCACAGUGGCUCAGAGGCAGCUUAUGAGCUAGAGCUGGACCACGAGCUCCACUGCACGCAGGCCCCAGCGCUCAGCCACAAGCUUCAGCUCCGGCACGAGGAGGGCUUGGGCCACCUGCACUCCCACCUGGAGGUGAGCUAUGGGAAGCACUGGAACGAGAGCAGCGGUAAGAGGCAGUUCCGCAUCAGCCAGACCUUCCAGAAUGACUCCGGCCCGGCCCUGAGCAAUUACUUCGUGGAGUUUGCGCUCCAGGUGCCUGAGAGGCAGGUGGAUUACCGUAUGCAGCUGUACCACUUGAGCCUUCGGCAGCCCCACGUGGAGAGCAGCACACACCUGAAGGUUCAGGACAACGGACAGCUGCCCUUUGCGGUCGGCUUGCGGUGGAAAGACACCUCUAGAGCUACUCUGUGGAAAUGGGAAGGAGCCUUGAACCUGGAUAGUCCCUGGCUGAUGGUCUCGAUGGCUCACAGGCUGUACUGGCCCCACCGGCCCACUUUCCAGGCUGUCCUGGGGCUGACGCUGGGCAAAGCUCGGACCCUCAAGAACCUGGUGAUAAAAGUGUCCGGCAGGCGUCGGGGCCGCGACAGGGAGGGCAAGAUCCACAUCUACACCCCGACUACCACUUACCUCCGGGUGUCCACGGCGAUGGCCUUGGCACAGAGCCUCUUCCGCAGCCGGACUGAAGUAGAAUCAGCGUGGGGUGCGACUUUGAAGAGUGAGAUCCACGCAGAGAACAGCCAGGAGCUUAAGAUACUGCACGGCUGGUUGAAGGGCCCCCUGCAGGAGGUGAACUUAACGGCAGCUUACAGGCACAUGGAGCAGCCUCGGAAGACCCACGUGUCACUGGUGGCUCUGGUGACCAGCAUGAGUGGCCGGCCUCAGGGCCUGGAGCUGGAGGGCAAGCUGGAGGAGGUGACGCGUGACGGGAAGUUGUACCAGAAGCGGGGGACCUUCUUCCUCAGGCACCCCUUGCCUCUGCCCAUCCCGCGGAGUCUGCUCCUGCAGGAGACCUUCACGGCGGACAGGCCACACCAGCGAUGCUCCCUGGAAACCAGGCUGGUCCUGAACGGCCGAGAGGAGACCCUGCAGACGAUAGUCCUGGGCUACCAGGCAGGACACCCCUACGUGUGUGUGGGCCUGACCCACCCGUACAGCAGCAAGACCGUCCCUGGGAACGCGGAGGGUUGUGCUGCUGCUUGGAGUCAGCACGCCGCUAAAAGCAGGGAGGUGGAAGCCACCUUGAAAGUCAACCAGAACGUCGUGCUGCACUUAAGGGGUCUGCACCAUGACAGAUCUCAGGGUGAGGAAAUCUGGCACCGCCUGGCCCUGAACGCAGCUCAUUCCUCCCAGCUGAGGCUCCCCCAGGCCCUGAGUUUGGAUGGGGACGUUGUCUUCAGACGGGGUCCCCCGGGACUGUUUGACUUCAGUGUGGACGCAAGGGCUACCGCCAGCCCCAACGUCCCAUCCCAGGUCUCCGUCCAGCUGAACGGAUCUGACUCCCACUUGGUGUUCCUCUUGCAGCUCAGCCAUCCCCACAGACCCCCAUUUCCUCCAAACUUGCAGGUGCAGGCGACUGCCCGGCGAUACAAAGACCACAGCGUCGGUGGCUCCCUGUCUGUGCACGCCUCCGACCGUGAGCUGCUGCUGCUGGAGGCCGACACCAUCCAGGACACCCGGAGAAGCAGCAGGGCCUGGGGCGCCAGUGUCCUCCUCCGCCAGGCAGUCCUCCACGCCCCCAGGGCUGUUCAGCUGCAGCUGUCCAGCAAGGUGGCCCCAGCCAGGGUUUGGCUGUUGUACAAGGUGCUGGUGGACCAGAGCACAGCACAGCUUGUCCUCAAGGCUUCCGCGGAGCAGAGGGGAGGCCAGGUCCUGACUCUGCAGAGCCAAGCGCAGCACACGGUGGCUGGCUGGCCAGCUGUGCCCCACCUCCUGACCCUCAAGGGCGUGUUGAAGCAGAAGGAGACAUUCAGAGAGGGUACCAUCAGGGUCACUGCUGACUCAGCUGUGCUGGGUUUCCUCCUGCGGGACAAGCAUGAGAACGCAGGGAACAGCACCAGCAUGCACAGCGUCACCUGCAUCCUCGCCCAGAACGGCACCCGUGCCUUGCCAAGAGAGCUCUGGCUGAGAGGGCGGCUGCAGGCCCAGACAGGGAGCCUGGGGGGCCAGGCCAACCUCCGUGCCGAUGCAGCCAGCCUGGCUCUGGGUGGGGUCUGCGCCUGGGGCCCUGGGCAUGGCCGGCUCUCAGGCAGCCUGAGUCACAACAUCAGCACCCUGAAUGAAGCAGGACUCCCCUCGGAGGCGGAAAUGCUCCUGUCACACACCCACGCGGCUUCCAACCUCUCCACGAGCUUUAUGGCACGGAGCGCGCAGGCUCAGCUGGACGCAGCGCUUGGCCUGGACGGCCUGGCCCCCGGCGCCCCGGGUCACCUGCUCCGCGCCAGCCUGGCCCACACGGUGCCCGGCCUCAGGCACUGGGGCCUCCCGUUCUCCGUGGACGGCCGCGGACACUUCCAGAGCGCGGGACACCGUGUGGCGGCUGGGCUGAAGGCGAGUGUGGACGGUGAGCAGCUCCACGUGGCCCUGGAGGCGAGGCGACAGCCUGGCCACGGGGGCCUGGCCCUCGAGCUGCACCAUGGCCUCUCAGCGCUCCUGGGCACCGUGCCCGCGCGGCUCCAGGUCAACUGUAGUGGAGACGCCUCGCCUGCCCAGCUGUCAGGGCUCUGCUGGGGGGACUUCGCCCAGCAGCCUCUGGAGGCCGCUGUGGAGGUUCCUGGCCGCGGCUCCAGCUUCGAGCAUUCCGGACGCAUCUUGGUGGGGCCCACCUCCCUGAGCUACUCCGUGAGCUGCUGUCGCCGUGCUGGGCACCUGGAACUCGCUGGCUGGAGCGAACACAACAGCGUGACCCUGCUGCGGGCCGGACUCCCGCGCAAGGCCCACCUUAGCGCCAGGCUGCAGACGCUCGAGACCCAGACCGAGGCCAGCGUGGCCCUCCACGGAGGGGAUGGUGGGGUCAGCGUGGACGUGGCAGCGUUGGUGGCCUGGCCGAUGGACGGCACUCUGGAGCUGAUGGUGAAUGCCAGCCACGCGGUACCCGCUCUCCGGGGGCUGGGCCUGCCCUUCGCCAGCCAGCUCGUGUUCCAGAAGCUCUGGGCAGAGGGACAGAUGCACUCUUCCCUGCAGCUGACCUGUGAUUCUCAAGCCAGCCUGGUCCUUGACGUGCGUGGCCAGAGCCAGGUGCUCAGCAAAGAGCUGCAGCUCUCCGGCCGGCACCACCUCCCUGGCCUUCUGGGCCGCUGCCCCCGCACAGCCUCAGCCAAGCUACAGUACUCCGAGCAUGAGGCCGAGAGCGCGAUUUUCGUGGCGGUAGAAGAGCAUCAUUUCCACGUGGGCACCAGGGUGGUGACCGCGAAGGCCAGUGUCACCAACAUCAUCAGGCUGGAACAGACCUUCCCCCAGUUCAGCACCCUUCCUGCGGAGCUGGUCCUGCAGACCUCGUACGAGAGAGCCCAUGGGACCCGCACCCUGCACCAGACACUUCUGUGGGAUGACCAGGUGGUGACCUUCCACGGGAGCCUCUCUGGGUCCUUCCCCAGACUCCCAGGGAACCUCAGCCUCCAGGUGGAGCUCACGCACCAGCUGCCCCUCUCCCUGCCGCGACACUGCAGUCUCAGCCUGUCCUCCGAGCAUUCACGACGUGGACGCCGGGACCACCUGGCCGUGGGCUGGGAUGGCAAGGACCAGGUGGUGGUCUCCUCCUCUCUGCAGUUGGGGAGGGACAAGCUGGCCGCCCGCCUGGCCCUGGCUCAGCCCUUCAACCUCUCCUGGUCGUGCAUGGAGGCCAGCGGCCUUGCUGAGAGCAGGGGUGGCAAGGAGAGCUGGCAAGUGCAGCUGGCCUUGGACAGAGGGCAGCCCGUGACCUUGCACCUCACCUGGGCUGACAGGUCCUCGGGGUACGAUACCAUCUGGGACGGCUGCCUGGCCGCCUCCCCGGGGCAGUUCCGGGCCACCUGGGGCCUGGGCGCCCUCAGGGCCUGUGGGGCCUUGACACAGACCACGGCCGUGUUCAGCGAGCAGCUCGACCUGUCCUGGGACCUACGCCGGAUGCGGCAGAACCUGACCUAUGAGAGGCACUGGCCGUCCCAGCCAGACCAGAUCCAUGCGGGCGUCGUGCUAGAGCACGUCUUCACGGCCUCCUGCGCCACCCAGAGCUUCCGGGGAGAAGUGGAGACCGACUACAGCCACUGGCUACACCAUUCCCUGCACCUGGGGCUCUGUGACCUGCCCAGGGCUCUCUCGGUCUCUGGGGAGCACACCCUGGGCCACGGUGAGCUCCUGCUUCGUUCCCACUGUCGGCUGGGCCUUGCCCCGGACCCAGACCAUGGCCUACACCUCAGCCUGACCCUGCGCGACCACAGCAGGCCUCGGACACCAGACUUCUCCGGGGAGCUGGAGAUCCUCAGCCCCGAGGCUCAGCGGCUCGGCCUCCGGGGCCGGGUUUCCGCCCCGGCUUCUCGGUGUGUGGUCCAGCUGGAGGGAACCGCGGACGAUGGCAAUGCGAAAGCGAGGCUGUCGGUGUCCCGGGCCCGGGGCUGCCUCCAGGCCUCUGUGGCCCACGAGGAAGGGAGCCGACAGGAGAGCGUGGUGCUGCGGGCGUGUGCCCACGGGCGGAUGGCUGAGGCCGAGGUGCUGCUCCAGGACGGCGGGCGGCCCGUCCAGCCGCUGGGACGCCUGACCCUGCAGGCUGCCAACCAGAGCGUCCGCCUGGAGGCACACGGCUGCCCGGGGACCCUGCUGGGCCGCAUGGAGUCUAGCGUGGCAGCUAUUGGGUCCCAAGUGCAAACCCAGCUGGAGAAGAGGAUGCGAGGCUUGGACGCCUAUGUGGAAACGUUCCGGCGCCUGGUGCAGCCGGCGGGCCCCCUGGACGGUGUGGCGGGCCCCCUCCUGCAGUUGUCACGUGCGGGGCUGGGAGCGGCGCGGGCAGGUGGCCGGGCCGCGGCCGCCCUGUGGGGCCAGAGCCGGGCCCGGCAGGCGCUGACCCACCACUCGCCGCGCUACCUGGAGAGGCUGCAGGCGGGGCUGGAGCAGCUGGGGAAGGAGGUGGAACGGCCCCUGGCCACGCUGAAGGAGGCUUACCUGGAGGUCACGCUGCGGCCCCUGGACGAGGUGUGGCAGGAGCGGGCCGAGUCCGCCAUGCGGUGGUUGCGGGCCCUGGGGCCCAGGCCCAUCGGGGCCGCCUUGGAGCUGGCCACACUCCAGAUGCUGUCUUGGGCCGAAGCCACUUUGUCACAGGCUCUGAGGAGGCUCUGCAAGCCUUUGCUGGAUGUGUACAGCUUCUCGGCCAGGAACUGCUCGUUGCUGGUGACGCUGCCACUGUUGCCUGCAGGGGACGAGCCCCUGGCUGUGGCCCGGGUGACCGGCUACCUGGUGGAGAAGCUGGUGCUGCCCUUCCGUGAGCUGUACGGGACCAACGUGCUGGCCGCGUACUACCGGCUCAAACACCGCCUGCUGCAGAGUCCCCAUGAGUACCAUGCUGUGGUGGCCGGGGCCAGGCACGUGGUGACCUUCGAUGGCCAGGUAUGGAGCCUGGGUGUCCACUGUGGGAGCCUGCUGCUGGCCAAGGACUUUGCUCACAACACGUUCUCGUUGACACUGAACCGGGCCGGUUCAGGGCUCACGUCCGUGUCAGUGCAGCUGAACCACACUUCCCUGGUGUUCUACCCCCGCCUGAAGACCUACAGGCUGUACGAGUCCUCCGAGCCCAGGCAGAGCUGUCUGCACCGAGAUCUGCCCCCUCCCGCGACGAGGAGGGAUGUGCCCAGGGUCAAGCUGGCCAGUGAGGACGGCGUCUCAAUCACCUGUGACGUUCGGGCUGGCCUCUGCAGCGUCACUCUGGGCCUCUGGCUCCACGGCGUGUCUGCCGGCCUCCUGGGCACCAACGACAACGAGGCCGCCAACGAGCUGAUGCUGCCGGACGGCACCCUGGCCCACGGCCUGGAGGAGCUGGGCCUCGCCUGGCAGCUGGGUGGCGACUGUAGGGCCGUGGAGAAAACUCACGAGUGCCCCCGACAGAGCCCCACCUGCCGGGCCUUCUUCCAGGACCCCCGUUCCUGCCUGGGGAACUGCUUCAGUGUGGUGGACCCCACCCCAUUUCUCAGCCUGUGCACCCAGGACACCUGUGGCACCCAGGAGCUCUUUCCUGCCUGCAACCUGGCUGCCGCCUACAUCCACCUGUGUGCCCGGGGCUUCGUGCCCCUGGACCCUCCUCCACAGUGUGAGACAGAAUCCCAAGCAGAUUCCACCCUCAGCACGUGCAUCCCCUGUGCUCCCAAAGCCUAG